UCUCUCUCUCUCACUCUAGCCAUGGCCACCUUCUCUAGAAUGGUGAAGAUGAUUUUGGUGAUGGGGUUUCUGCUUGCUACUGCUGUCACUUCCCAGCAGCUCUCUCCUUCCUUUUACACGAACAGCUGCCCACAAGCGUUGGCUGUGAUAAGGAAUGUGGUUUCCAAAGCGGUAGCCUCAGAACCAAGAACGGGAGCCUCACUUCUCCGCCUUCAAUUUCAUGACUGCUUUGUCAAUGUACAGGGGUGUGAUGGUUCAGUACUUCUGGAUGACACCCCAACCUUCAUUGGGGAGAAAUCAGCCCACCCUAACAUGGGCUCCACAAGAGGGUUCGAGGUCAUAGACAAGAUCAAGACAGCAGUUGAUGCCGCCUGCGGCCGCGCCGUUGUCUCCUGCGCCGACAUACUUGCCGUUGCAGCUCGUGAUUCAGUAGUCCUGCUGGGUGGGCCAUCAUGGUCUGUUCAACUGGGAAGGAGAGACUCCAGGACUGCUAGCAAGGAUGCUGCAAACCAUAACCUCCCUUCUCCUGCAGCAUAUCUAGCAGCCCUCUUGACCAACUUUCAGAGUGAAGGACUCGAUGCACAGGACCUCGUUGCGCUCUCCGGUGCACACACGAUCGGCCUAGCUCAAUGCCGAUUCUUCAGAAACCGGAUCUAUAAUGGCGCCAGCAUGAAUCCCCUGUUCUUGAGCUCAUUGCAAUCAUCUUGUCCUGCAGCCGGCGGGGACGACAACACCGCACCUUUGGAUGGCUUGACACCAAUGAGCUUCGACACAGCCUACUAUGCAAAUCUACUGUUGAACAGAGGCCUGCUACCUUCUGAUCAGGCGCUCCCUGAUGGUGAUCUUACAAGUCGAGCAGUUGGGCAAUAUAGUUUAGUUCCUCUUCUUUUCUCACUGGAUUUCACUCGCGCCAUGGUGAAGUUGGGAAAUAUAAGUCCCCUAACAGGAACAGAAGGCGAAAUUAGACAAAAUUGUAGGAAGAUUAACUAAGGGAGAAAAUGGACAUCUCUUUUGAUGAUAAGAAAACCUGCUAGAAUGCAGACGCCCAGUGUGCCAGCCAAGAUGAUGGGAGUUAAUUAUGUAAUGUUGAAAGAGGUGUGAUCUAUCUUUUGAGGACAUAUGGUCGUUUGUGCAUUUAAGUUAUGAAGUUUGAUGUAUUAUUUGUUGGAUUAUUGAUAAGAUAAAAGACUUCAAGCGUUGUGCAGUUGCUUCCUUUGUCUUUUCUUAACAGAAGGCCAUUAAAAAUAACAGAAGGUCUUUGGAAAUGAUCUAUAAUUUAAAUCCUGAUCAUGGAAAAAUGGGGCAUCCAAUUGCUACAAGGGCUCCAGUAUUCAUGAAGAACAUCUUGAAAUGGUAAAGGGAAGCUUCUUUAUAAAGCAAGAAACCUGCUUUGGUUGGUGCACCAGCAAGCCAAGCCUCAUUUUCCAAUGAGUAUAGUUCUGUCCUUAAUGUUGAUUUUUGAGUUUAUCUCUCUUCGGUGAAUAAAAUAUUCUGAAACAUCCUCAUGGGUAAUAAUAAGAGUAAGGCUCGGAUGUUAAGGUUGUCAAAACAGUAAAAAAUGAUGAGUACAACAGUCAAUUUAUUAGUUGGGUGAGUAGAAAGAGUAUUUUGUCUAUCACCCAACAA